GCACGGCGAGACGGGCCAUGACACCACUACCACCAACAUCGACCACCUCAUCGUCAGCGUCAAAGCCCCGCAGACCGUUGCCGCGCUGACACCCCUGCGCGCCCGGCUCUCCGCCCGCUCCACCGUCCUUUUCCUCCAGAACGGCUGCGGCAUGAUCGACACUGUCACCGAGCACCUGUUUCCCGACCCCACCACCCGUCCCCACUACGCCGUCGGCGUUGUCUCCCACGGCGUGGCGCUCACCAAGCCGUUCCACGUUACACACACGGGACCCGCCGCCAUGGCCCUGGGAUGGGUGCCUCCGCCACCGGGACGGACGCCAGCGCCCGCUCGCGAUGACGACCUGUUGGCGACUCUCCCCCGCUCCCCGCGGUUCAAUGCCCGUACCGACGCGUACACCCAGGUCUUCCAGACACAGCUGGAAAAGCUGGCGUUGAACGCGUUCUGCAACCCCACGUGUGCCCUGCACGACGCGAAGACUGGCUUCUUGGUGACGAUGCCGGCACUGCGUCGUGCGAUUCUCACCGAGAUCUCGGCUGUCGUCCUCGCAUUGCCUGAGCUACAGGGGGUGCCCGGCGUGCGGGAGCGAUUUGCCGUGAAUCGUCUAGAGACGACAGUGAGUCACAUCCUCACCCAGAACGCGGAGACGACGUGCUCAAUGGUGUGGGAUAUGCGCGCUGGCCGUGAGACCGAGGUGCGGUUCAUCAAUGGCUACUGGGUGCGACGGGGGAGGGAAGUGGGGGUGGCGACACCGGUGAACGAGGAAUUGGUGCAGGCGGUGCUGCAUCGGACGGGGUUGAACAAUAGAUCUACGGUGAAGAAUGUCGAGAGUGAAGUCAAAGUGAAGUCGAGAGAGAUAUAGAAGUCCAGAAGAAUAGAG